CAUAAAUCCAUUUUCAACCGUAGUAAUACAUACAUCCCGCACUGUUGUCCAACAUAAUGACUGUCUAUUCCUUGGGGCUUCUGCUGGCCUCUUUGGCUGCCCUCGUUCAAGCGCAACAGCCCAAUCGUCCAAACGACCUCAACAUCACUCAGGCCCAAGGUAAUGCGUACGGUUGUUCUUCUAAGGCCUGCCUAGAGAACCUACAAACAUUCGAGGCAUUGGACCGUCCGAUCUUUGGAGAUGUUCCCUUCAACUAUGACUUCUACGCCACCGCAGAUAACUUUACUAAAUCUAAACCUGGAGACUUGUUGAAGCUUCAGCGACAGAAUUCCACUCUGUAUGAUAUCACCCCUGGCAGCUCGUUAUGGUUCAUCCAAUAUACAUCUGUCGGUGUUGGUGGACAGCCAGUCCCAUCCACUGGGUUUAUCCUUCUUCCCUAUUUGAGUGAGGCAUCCAACAAAACACCGCUUAUUUCAUAUGCGCAUGGUACUAUCGGAACUGUCGCUGCUUGCGCCGCGUCGUCUUCUUAUAACGGGUACGAUUACGACAGCUGGAAGCUUCUCCCACCCCACGGAUUCGCCGUGGUUGCUACAGACUACGCGGGCUUGGGCAACAACUACACCACACACAAGUACGGAAACCCGGUCAUUAACUCAGAAGACGUAUAUUUCGCUGUUGUUGCCGCCCGCAAAGCUUUCCCAAACGUCUUCACCACUAAAUGGGCUUCUCUCGGUCAUUCUCAAGGCGCUGGAGCCAUAUGGGGUCUCGAGGAGAAUCCCCGUGUUGCUUCUAACCAGAGUGGCGAAUACGUGGGAGGAGUUGCCGUAGCUCCUAGUGCGAGACUGAAUGAUCUCCUGACCGCCGUUCCUCUUUCUGAGGGAUAUGGAUUCGGCCCCCUGAUUGUGAACAUCUUCCAGUCCCUGAAUUUCUCCAUACAGCCACCCGUCUUAACCCCAGAGGCCAUGAAGCGUUACCCGCUGAUGAAUGCGCUUGGGCUCUGCGACAAUUCAUAUGCGGGCCUCAACUUUGACCUCCCGAACCAUGGCAUAUUGAAGCCUACUCCUGAGCAGAAUAAGACGAUUCAUGAAGCUUACACCAAAUUCCAAGACCAGUAUGGCGCCGCGACCGGGAGAAAAGGAUACAAAGAUUUCCUUGUUGUACAGUCCCAUGACGAUGAGAUUGUGAAUUACACUGCUACGAUUAAAGCAUACGAUUUCGCCUGCAAAAAAGGCAACAUCGUUCACCUGAGCGUGUAUCACAACCUCACCCACGACGAGUCAAUGGCCGCUUCGGCGCCUGAGUGGCUCAAAUGGCUCAGUGAUAGAAUUUCAGGUGUGCCACUUGCCAAUGCAACCAAAUGCACCAUACAACAGAAGACACCCUUAUACGUCCCUUCGCGUUCUGGGUUUGGGCUGGCGUGAUUAUGGAUAACGCAAGGCCUCGGUUCCCGCCUUAUUGGACGCUCUUAUAUUACUAUUGAUCCUGGGCUCAUCCUUUCUUCCCUCGUUCUUCUGCAGUCAUCCAUUUUUGGAAAAAACUCCAACCGGCUCCAAUUUUCGCGUGCGUCCAAGGCUCACUGGUCGUUUCCUUGUCACGGACCUGGUGGUUGUAAAUGAGGAAUGCUGGGGACCAGUAUGAAAACUCUAAGGGGCCAGUAUUUUGAAACCCCCCUGUAUACAGUGCACUUGGUAUAAAGAAGAAAGGACAUAAAGAACAAUCAAAUUACGAACUACUAGUAAUUAUUAGGUUUCCAUUAUCC